CAGAUAUUAAACAAAAAUUAAGUUUGAAUUUGCGCUUUCAAUUUUUUCGAGAGUUGAUUGAAUAUCAAAUUCGUUUCUUGUAAGUCACGCAAAAGACAUAAUUUAUAAUUGGCAUAAUUCUAAUAAUCUUCUUCUACGCAUUACUCGUGUCUAGAACGCAUUCACUCAUGAAAUUUUUUUGACAUUUAAAAGUAUAGUUUGACGAUCGCUCCGCGGACUGCGUCACAUGUUGUACAUACUGCAGCGUAUAAACACAGGCACGCAUACAAAUGCUUGGCUGUCUGAAACGGAUAGUGGUAGACGGCACCAACACGCAUCGCAUGCUCCUAUAUGUAUACAAGGAUACACGCAAAGCAAACCGUCAUGCUGCAGCUGUGCUAUAGCCCAUGCUAUUGGAAAGAGCUCGAGCCAAGAUUUAGGAGUUGCGCUGCAUGUCUCCGAUGCAGGGCGGCGUAUCACCCUCUGCCUACAUCAGUAGAUCGUAAAGAAUGUUUAUCGGUCAUUCAUGAAAUUAGUGGCUGAGUUUAAUGUACCUGGCAGUACUACGGAACAAUAUAAUAUUUAUAUACUUCUGGCAUGACGACUGCAAUCUAUUGUGCUCGCGACUGCAUUAUACGCGUAGGCAUAUAACAUGUCAAAGUGAAUGCGAGAGAAAACGUGCUGUCCGACUCGAGGUGACGUUUGCCGUGUCGAAACUUAUGCUUGAUAAGACAAUCGAUAAUUACUGCCACAUAAGCUGAAACUUCAAGUUUUACGUCGAUGCAGUGCGUAGUUCUCGAUUAAUAAGUAAAAAACAACGAAGUGUCCGUUAUAAUAACGAUGGACUUUGAAAGCCCUGACGUGGAGAAAGAAUUUCCUGGACUCUACGCAUCCGAUACGACGAAGAAGAGCGAGAGCGACUUCAGUGACGAUGGAGUACAUGAUAAACAUUCCAAGAAAGAUCUUCUUGGAGGAAGCAAGCGCAAAGAUAAAAAAGACAAGAAAGAUAGAGGAUAUGCUACACUUGAAGGAGAAAGUUCUGCAGAUGAAGAAGAGACAAAGAGUCCUUCAAAGUCCAAAUCGAAGAAACCUUUCAAAUUUGCUUCUAAGAGUAGAGAAAAGCGAGAAAAGUCUAGAGAAAAGGACAGUAUAAAGGAAAAAGAUCAUCCUGAAAAAGAAAAGAAAAAGAAGGAUAAAGAUGUUGAAAAAGAAAUGGAAAAAGACAAAAAAAAAGAAAAAGAUAAAAUAAAACUAAAACACAAAGAUAGAAAAAAAAGUAAGCAUGGAGAAGAAGCAUCAGAUAUUGGUGAAGAUGAACCUAUAUUUGGUGUUAGUCUUCAUUUAGCUGUUGAAAGAAGUCGUUGUCAUGAUGGUGUAGAACUACCUCUAGUAGUCAGAGACUGCAUAGAUUAUUUGGAAGAACAUGGCAUGUCUGUUGAAGGACUAUACAAAGUACCAGGAAAUAAGUCUAAAGUCCAACAUCUCAAAAAGUUAUACAACCAACGAGAACCUGUAAACCUAUCGGAAUUCGAACCAACGGUUGCUACAAGUUUGUUACUGUAUUUUAUAAAAGAAUUGCCAGAACCAGUUUUGGAAAGUACUGAAUUAAUAUCUAGAUUUGAGCAAGCAGCUUCAGCAAAGGAAGUAGCUGCGAGGGAAUCACAGCUUGUGGAAUUAGCUAGUCAACAAUUAAGCGAGUGCAAUAGGGUGCUUUUGGCAUGGAUCACUCUUCAUUUAGAUCAUGUCACCGCAUGCGAAAAAACAACGAAAAUGAAUGCCCAAACUAUAGCAAUGACCCUAAGUCCUGCUCUUCAAAUGAGCCAUCGAUUACUAUUGGCAUUGCUUUUUCAUUGCAAAGCACUAUUUCCAGAAGUACGAUUAACAAAAUAUAUACCACCAUUGCCUGCUGGUAGCACUAGAUUACCUGAGAGCCCUCAGGGUAUUGCUGCUGAACUUGCAAAACAGGAGUCAUUGCUUUCUCAAAUUCACAUGCUUAUGAACGCCGGUUAUGUAAAUAAAUCUCGAGAGGAGCAACUAUGGGAAGUGCAACGAAUGAUAACACAAUUAAAACGAAAGUAUAAACUUGUACAAAAACGUGAAGAUUCAAUGCAAAGGAGCGUCGAUGAAGAACAAGUGCCAAAAAACAACGAUGAGAGUCAAACACAAUCAUCAGACAGUCAAUCGAUCAAUUUAUCAAAUAAACUAUCAGUCAAUACAGAAGAUGAAAAUGAGCGUUUGAAAGUUACCGAGACUACGAAGGAAACCGUACGCAGAGCAUCAACUGAAACUAACAGUUAUUCAUCUUCAGCAUCAGCCGAUAAAGAUAUCGAUAAGCCGUUGAAAGCAUCAAAGGAUACAACUGAUAGUAGAAUUGAAGUCGUACAGAACGAAAAACCUGAUGAAAAUGAUGUGGCGCCUGAAUCUGAAAACGCUGAGGAAUCAGAAGAAAACAGCGAACUCGAAAGACUACGCGAAUCUCUUAUUUACGAAGAGCUGCUGAAUAUUCAAGCUUCUUUGAAAGCACGAAUAGCACAAGAACGACAUGAGAUUGAAAGACUGAAUAUUGCCUUGACGGAACGCAUGGCUGCUGGUAUAACAGUUAAACCUACAUCGGAACGUACUUGUAGUCCAAGUGAAGCCGAAAAAACAGCUAUGAUUCAGUUGGUUAAUGAAAAUCAACUUUUAGAGAAAAAGAUGACGACCCUGAUUCGUAGUAUUGUCGAAGAAAAGGACACAUGCGUCGAACUGAAAGUACAGCUGGCUCUGCAUCAACAUCAAAACAACAAAAAUGGCAUUCCACAAAUUUAAAAAAAAAAAUUACUAGAUUUAACUACAGAUUUUUUUAAACUUUAUAAUAGUUUCAAAUAUUUUAUUAUUUUGUAAUCAAAGUAUACCAUUUUCCAGGAUACUUUCAUUGUGUAUUUAAUGUAUCUUUAUAUUUUGCAAUACAUGAAAUAAUCGUGUUCAUUGAUGAAUAGAAACGAAGAAAAUUAAAAUUUAAAAAAAUCACCGGAUAAAAAUACUGAUGAACGCAGAGUUACAUGUAAAUCUGUAUAGUUUGUUACUUAUAUAUAAACUUCUACUAUACAUAAAGAGAUGCUUGAAUCAAACAUUUACUAUUAAUAAUAAGCUGAAAAUGAUAAUUAUUAUUUAUAAAUAACUAUUGAAUUGUUUGUUUGAAAGAAAGUCCGAUCGAUAUAUUGCGUUAUUAAAAAAUUAAUUGUUAAGAUACAGUAUACGAAUUCUGUAUAAUUUAAUUAUUUGUUUUAUUGAUAAAUUGUGAAAAAGAACAUUUAAA